UGCGCAUCAUUUUCUGACGUCCGCUAAUCUGGAAGCUCUCUCCCUGGGCUCUUGGCAUAGCCUGGUACUCGCGUGCCAGAAGACUACCGUCACAAUUUUUCACCUCGGGAUAAAAAAGGACAAAAUCAACAAUUAUACUCACUUUUAAACUCCGUGUGGAAGUUUUUGGGGACUCGAUAGCAUCAGUCAGAUUCUUUAUUUUACAUUAGGAUAACAGUAUUUUGAUUUGACAUUUUUCUCAAGAACGGAUAACGAGGAAGAUACUUCGACCAUGGUUGUGUUUACACGGAAUGACUGAAACUCAUCUUUUCAAAUCGCAACUGACGCAAGGAAGAAGUACAUUUAUGGACGGUCUUGGCGGGGCACAUAGGAACUCUACUACUGUAUGAAUAGCCUACCAACUGACUUUUGCUUCCAGGAUUCUACCUUUGGUUCUAUAUUUGGGUCUAAAGUGCAGUGGUUCUGUCAUCUGGGAUUGUUGUUUUGUGGGAGAGUGUGGCGUCAUGACUUGGAGAUAGAUCUUGCUAUGAGUCUGGCGUGGAAAAUACCUCGUGGAAGGUGUGCAGCGGGCUACAGACUGGGAGGACUCGACAUCGGCAACUGAUAGGCUACCCCUGUUUUUACCGAGCGUAAUGCACCUGGCAUGAAGACAGAGAAUGGAUAUUAUAUGGGAACUAUUUAUUAUUCUUCACGCCAAUUUCAUCAUCUGUAUAUCAGCUCAGCCAAAUGUACCUAAAAUACACGAGGGAUGGUGGGCGUACAAGGAGGUUGUUCAGGGGAGUUUUGUACCAGUGCCGUCAUUCUGGGGGCUAGUGAACUCAGCUUGGAACCUGUGCUCCGUGGGGAAGAGGCAGUCUCCCGUCAACAUCGAGACCAGCCACAUGAUCUUUGACCCCUUCCUCACGCCCAUCCGGCUCAACACGGGAGGACGCAAGAAUAUCUGCCGCAGAGAAGGAGGAAACGCUGAUGGACCAUGUCAGGUGGGCGGGACCAUGUACAACACGGGUCGCCAUGUCUCACUGCGAAUGGACAAGGAGCACCUUGUGAAUAUCUCUGGUGGACCAAUGACGUACAGCCAUCGCCUGGAGGAGAUCCGGCUACACUUUGGCAGCGAGGACGGACAGGGCUCUGAACACCUUCUCAACGGACAGGCCUUCUCAGGAGAGGUUCAACUUAUACACUACAACCACGAGCUGUAUACAAACUACACAGAGGCAGCCAAGAGCCCCAACGGACUGGUCAUAGUGUCUAUAUUUAUGAAGAUUGCGGAGACUUCAAAUGCAUUCCUGAAUCGAAUGUUGAACAGGGACACCAUCACAAGAAUAACAUAUAAAAAUGAUGCGUAUCUACUGACAGGCCUGAACAUCGAGGAGAUUUACCCAGAAACCUCUAGUUUUAUCACGUACGACGGGUCCAUGACCAUCCCGCCGUGCUUUGAGACGGCCACGUGGAUCCUGAUGAAUAAGCCAGUGUACAUCACACGGAUGCAGAUGCACUCCUUACGGCUGUUGAGUCAGAACCAGCCGUCUCAGAUCUUCCUGAGUAUGAGCGACAACGUUCGCCCGGUUCAACCGCUGAACAACCGCUGCAUCCGGACCAACAUCAACUUCAGCAUGCAGGGCAAAGACUGUCCCAACAACAGGGCCCAGAAGCUCCAGUACCGAGUGAAUGAGUGGCUGCUAAAGUAGUCUCCCUUGGAUGAGCACAGAAACAAGAGUCAAAGACAGACAGAAAGAGAGAGAGAGGAACGAGAGAAGGAAGUAAACAACUGGAGUCCGACCAAGGCUGCAUCCCAUCUAAGAUUAUUUCAUGGCAUUGUAAAAAGAGAAAAAAGAAACUGAACAUAACCAAGUAAAAUACUUUGCGUUGCUUUGCAAAGAGACUACUACUUUUCAUACGUACAUCGACAACUAUUUGUCCAACACAUGCUAACUAACACACCCAGUACAAAUAUAUCUAUUACGAAACCUGUUUUGAUACUGAUACUUUUUUGGGAGAUAAAAAAAUACGUUGAAAACAUACAAAAACACGGAAGCAUUUCUUUCGUAAAGCCUCUUCACAUGGACUGAUUGGGACUUUUAGCCUUUGUACAUAGACACCUUGCUACCAGGGGGAUCUUAAGGACUUAUUAAGACACUGCCCCUAGUGGUGCAGACAGAGAAGGUAUGCAAGGCUCAUAGCUGUAUCGUCAUCACCGUCACCUACAAGGCAUGCCGACUGCAACAACCCAAGAGAGCGAGACCUUACAUUCUUGCCUUGUAACAGUAGGUCAUUACAAAAGGAAAAACGGGAAAGGAGCUUCUGUCUAAGGGAUGAACCGAUGCGUGUCUCGGCCUUUGUUGUACAUAGUAUAAUUAUCAGUACUGCUGAAAAACCGAAUAUGUAAAGAAAAAUACAAAAACAUUUAAAAAAUAUAUUAAGAGGAUUAAAAAAGAGAUGACAAACUUGAGUAUUUUAAACGCUUGGCACACUGAAUUCUGGAAGCAGUUCUGAGCUGAAGCCUUUUCUUUCAGUUUUAUUGUUUACAAGGGUCAUACACUGUGUUUAAGUAAUGUUAUCAGCCCAAUAAAUGUGUCUGGAAAGUUCA